AUGGAUUGCAUCAUUGGUCACCUUGGUUCGAAUUCUUCUCAUAGGGUUGAAGCCCAUGGUUUUAAUGGGUGUCUUUGGCUUAUUUGGAUUGAUCCAUUUCGAGUGGAAAUCCUGGUGAAUAAUAUCCAGUUUAUCCGUACCCGGAUUCAUUACAACGGUAGUGAGCCAGGUGUCCUCUUUACUGCUGUGUAUGGGCUCAUAUCUCUUAGCAAAGUAGUACGAUCUAGGAACCGUGGCUACUCGCUGGGGACUUCAAUGCGAUUAUUGAGGGGUCUGAUAGACAAGGCGGAGCCAUUAGUGGUAGUGGUGGGUGCCCUCUCUUCUCCCAGUUUAUCGGUUAUAAUGGCCUCUCUCAACUUGACUUUAUGGGACCUAAGUUCACUUGGCAACAGGGAACUCUACUCCAACGUCUGGAUCGGGCCCUCAUUAAUUCAUCAUGGCUUGACAAGUUUUCAGACUCCUUCGUACAACACCUUCCUAAGAUCUAGUCUUAUCACAAACCUUUUCUCAUCAGUUCUAAGACGCACAAUACACCGAGCUCCCUGCCUUUCCACUUCUUUGUCGUUUGGCUUACCCACCCCGGGUUUCCUACUUUUGUUCGAAGAAGAUGGAAACGUGGCACUUCAUUCCAAGCUACUGAAGAGGCGGCUUAUGGCUUGUAUCAAUAAAGUCCAAAAGGCUCUUGAAUCUUCCUCCUCUAAGUAUCUGAGAAAGCUUGAGGCGUCUUUCCGUCAUGAGCUCGAAGUGCUCCUCUUACAAGAAGAAAUCUAUUGGAUGCAGAAGUCAAGGUGUGAGUUUAUCUCUCUGGGGGAUAAGAAUACUGCCUAUUACCAUGCGCGGACGAUAACUAAGCGGCGACGCAGUAGGAUUCUUAUGCUCCAGAACGAGAUGGGGAAUUGGAUCUCGGACGAGAGUCGACUCAGCCACAUGGCCAUUGAAUUCUUCCUGCACCUAUAUUGCGGGGAGGCUCCUGAUAGGCCUGUUUUCGCUAUUCGGGGUAGGUUCCCCGUUCUCAGCUCUGACAGUAUCGCCGUCCUGAGUAGGCCUGUCACUAGGAAGGAGAUCCGAUGGGCCUUUUUCAACAUGAAACCCCUCAAGGCGCCUAGGCCGGAUUUCCUGCAUGCUGCCUUCUUUCAGCAUUAUUAG